AUGAUUGACGGUGUUCACCUAGUGCUUACUGGGCCUAGCGGAUCUGGGAAGUCUACCAUUAUAAGCCACGUCCUGUCGAAGUUUCCGUUCGAGUUUUCGGUGUCCCACACGACCAGGGCACCUAGAAAUGGAGAGGUGAAUGGGAAAGAUUACUUCUUUGUAACAACAGAAGAAUUUGAGUCGAUGGUAGAGAGGCAGGAGCUGCUUGAGUAUAUCCAGUACAACGGUAACUACUAUGGAACAGCAGCAGCUCAGCUGAGGAACCCCUCGAAGACUGUUAUACUGGAUUUGGAGUACGAUGGCGUUCUGUACUGCCGGAAGAAUUGCCCAAACUUUGUCAUUAUAUACAUCUACUGUGACAAGAACAUUGCCUACGAAAGGUUGAAAAAGAGGAUGGGGAGUGAAAACAAGAAGGAGCUGGAGGGGCGGAUGAGGCUGUACGAAAAAUUUGAUUCAAUUAAGGAUAGAUGUGACUAUGUCAUCGACAAUAGCCAUUCCCUUGAGAAAUCUAAAAGGGAAGUUGAGGAGAUCAUAUCCAAGACAUUCCGAUUCUAG